AUGGGCGGCAGGGUGGCGGAGUGGAUAGCACUCUCGCCUCUCAGCAAGAAGCGAGAAGUGGAGCUGUCCGUGGUGCUGAAACGGUCUGCGGUGCUGAAACGGUCUGCGGUGCUGAAACUGUCCGUGGUGCUGAAACUGUCUGCGGUGCUGAAACUGUCUGCGGUGCUGAAACUGUCUGCAGUGCUGAAACUGUCUGCGGUGCUGAAACUGUCUGCAGUGCUGAAACUGUCUGCGGUGCUGAAACUGUCUGCGGUGCUGAAACUGUCUGCAGUGCUGAAACUGUCUGCGGUGCUGAAACUGUCUGCGGUGCUGAAACUGUCUGCAGUGCUGAAACUGUCUGCGGUGCUGAAACUGUCCGCGGGGCUGAAACUGUCCGUGGUGCUGAACGGUACAGAUGAAGUUAGGACUAAAACUAGUUUAAAGUGGGCCGCGCAUCGGGAGCAUCCACAGCAUCAGCAGGAGGAGCAGGAGCAGGAGGCAGAGCGGAGCUGCAGACCGAGCGGAGGAGAGCACGGCCGGCACCACACCGAACCCCCACCACCAGCACCAGAGCCACCAGAACCACCAGAGACCGGAGUCUGGACCCUAAACCCGGACCUGGUUUGGACCUGUUUGUUUUCCACCAUAACUUUCCCCGCGAGCAGCGUCUCACCGUAA